AUGGAUCCGAUGGAACGACUAAGGCUAGGCAAUGAAAGAAGAGUAAAUAAGGAUCUUGGAACCGAAAUUGAGGUAGUUCUUUAUCAUAGCAUUAGAGCCAAUCAGCAAGAUGAAGAUAUGGAGUGUGUUGGAGAUAGCGAAGAAUGUGCUUAA